AUGAAAAGCCUCAAGAGAGGCCUGGCAGCCGAUCCAAAUGCCGUCAACAUCUCCAGCAAGGUGUUCAUCAGAUCCGCAAAGAGCGGCCGAGUCCAGAAAGUGGUGAGAGAACAGUAUCUGAGGAAAGACAUUCCAUGCUCCUCUCUCCUCUGCUCCGCUUGCGCUUCCACCGCAGUCGCCGAUGCCAAUGGAGUUGUGCCAAAGUUCGUGCUUUCGAAGCGACCAGCCGGAACUAAGGCAUUUCCUGACGGCCACUACCUUAUACCAGAUACGAACGUGUUGCUCAGCGGGAUGGAUCUCUUUGAAGAGUCGGGUCAUUUCCACGAUGUCGUCAUCCUGCAAACCGUCUUGGAAGAGUUGAAGAAUAGAAGUCUUCCUCUCUACAACAGACUGAUGGCCCUGACGCGAAGCGAGGACAAGCGUUUUUAUCUCUUCUUCAACGAGUUUCGCUCCGACACUGCGGUCCGGCGGGCAGAUGGCGAGUCAAUCAAUGACAGAAAUGAUCGUUCUGUCAGAAAGGCAGCUGCGUGGUACACGAGUCAUUUGGCGAGGGUGACAAAGAAACCUCCUGUGAUAGUGGUUCUCACGAACGACCAGGAGAACCGGAGAAAAUCCAAGAAGGAGGGCAUCAAUGCGCUGUCACUGCGCCAGUACGUCGAGGGUCUGGAUGAUGCCGACCGCCUGCUUGACAUGGUCAGCCAGGGCGCGGAGGGACAAGAAGGUCGCGCAUUGCAAGGAGAGUUAUUCUACCCAGAAUACUACUCGAUGACCCGAAUAAUGACGGGUAUCAAAGCGGGAACCUUGCAUCAAGGCGUUUUUAACGUGUCGCCCUACAACUACUUGGAAGGAACGGUCAAAGUCCCCGCAUUCGACAAGCCAUUGUUGGUUCUAGGACGAGAAGCCAGUAACCGAUCGAUAUCAGGAGAUGUUGUGGUCGUCGAAAUACUUCCCAAGGACCAGUGGAAAGUCCCGUCGACCCAAAUCUUGGACGAAGAUACUGUUAACCAGAACGACAACCCCGAUAAUGAGGAGCAGGAAGAAAGCGUUAUCACCGAGAACGAAAAGCGAGCUCUCCAGGAAGACGUCAGGCGGGCUCACUCCGCCGGCGCAGACACCCGAGCUCAGCCUACGUGCCGUGUGGUUGGCAUCAUGAAGCGGAACUGGAGACAGCUGGUUGGUACUAUAGACAACGUCUCGGGAUCUGCAACUGGGAAUCGCCAGACCACUGUGUUCCUGGUUCCUAUGGACAAGCGCAUCCCGAAGAUACGCAUUCGUACUCGUCAAGUCGAGGAGCUGAUCGGCAAGCGGAUCGUGGCAACAAUCGAUUCCUGGGACCGAGAUACCAGAUACCCUGUCGGCCAUUACAUUCGGUCUCUCGGUGAGUUGGAGACGAAGGAGGCCGAGACUGAAGCCUUACUUCUUGAAUAUGAUGUCCAAUAUCGACCCUUUCCCAAAGCGGUGCUGGAUUGUCUCCCGUCUGAAGGCCAUAACUGGAAGGUUCCGACCGAUACCUCCGACCCAGGCUGGCAGGGGCGACGAGAUUUACGCAACAUUCUUGUGUGCUCAAUCGAUCCUCCCGGAUGUCAGGAUAUCGAUGAUGCACUUCAUGCUAGGCCGCUUCCCAAUGGAAAUUUUGAAGUGGGUGUCCAUAUUGCGGACGUCUCCAACUUCGUCAAACCCAACAACCCCAUGGAUGCUGAGGCAUCUUCGCGCGGCACAACAGUCUACUUGGUGGACAAGAGAAUUGACAUGCUGCCAAUGCUUCUCGGUACCGACCUUUGCUCACUGAAACCCCACGUUGAGCGGUAUGCAUUCUCCACGCUAUGGGAGGUCACACCAGACGCAGAAGUCGUCUCGGCUUCUUUCACCAAGUCCGUUAUCCGUUCGAGGGAGGGCUUCUCAUACGAGCAAGCUCAGAAGAGGAUCGACGAUCCAACUGCGACAGAUGAACUUACCCAGAGUAUGAGGACCUUGUUGUCACUCUCGCAGAAGCUGCGCCAGAAGCGAAUGGAUGCCGGAGCAUUGAAUCUGUCGAGCCCUGAGGUCAGGAUCGAAGCAGACAAUGAGUCCUCAGACUCCUUAGCCGACGUCAAGACUAAGGCGCAGCUCGCCACAAACUCGCUCGUCGAAGAGUUUAUGCUUCUUGCCAACAUCACCGUUGCAAGGAAAAUCGAAUCGGUUUUCCCACAAACUGCACUGCUCAGGCGCCACGCUUCACCUCCGGCCUCCAAUUUCGCGGAUCUCAGUGAUCAAUUGAAACGGAUGAGGGGCUUCGAACUGGACGUAUCAAGCUCAAAGGCACUUGCAGAUUCCCUGGAUCAAUGUGUGGACCCCACUCACCCUUUCUUUAACACCUUGAUCCGAAUCAUGGCCACACGAUGCAUGACCUCUGCAGAGUAUUUCUGCAGCGGAUCUCAUGCAGCACCCGAGUUCCGGCAUUAUGGCUUGGCGAGCGAAAUCUACACCCAUUUCACCAGUCCGAUCCGCCGUUACGCCGAUUUGCUUGUCCACCGACAACUCGCCUACGCAAUCGGAUAUGAGGGUGGAGGGAACGAGAUUGCCGACGAGAGUCUCCGUAACAAAGGCAAGUUGGAACGAGUGUGCCAGAAUCUCAACUUCAGGCAUCGGAACGCCCAGUUGGCCGGGCGGGCAAGUAUCGAGUACUAUGUUGGGCAGGCACUCAAAGCCAGAGCUGAGAAGACUCCAGGGGCUGCCAUUGAUGUUGAAGGAUAUGUCAUGCGCGUGUUUGAGAAUGGCAUUGUGGUCUUCGUGCCUCAGUUUGGCAUCGAAGGACUCGUCCGGCUGGAGGACUUCCAAUUGAAAAACGACGAAGCGGCCAAGAGAGAAAGCAUCUUUGACGCAGAUGGCUACACGCUGACAGUUUUUGAGAAGGGCCGUGAGCAACAGGGAGUCACAGUUGAGCUGUUCCAACAACUGAAGGUCAGAGUCAGUUCCGAGGAGAAGAGCGGGGCCAGGGAAAAGGGGAAGAGAAGAGUCAGGAUUGUGGUUCUGUCAGUUUGA